ACUGUGUAUUUGUAAUUAUGUUCAAGAUGGAGCGUAUGUUGCUGAUUUUGUUUUGAAUUAAAUAUGUGUGUUGUUUGGAGAUAUAUUCUGACAUUAGUUAAAUAUCACGCAAACCAUGCAUAAUGAAAAUGAUAUUUUAGAAUGGAUGGUAUGGAAGGCGUAGCAAUAGCAAUUGAAAAUCUUGCAUCAGUGACAAAUUGUACCAACUUCUUCUAAAUUUGGUUCAUUGUGAAGAAUACCUUUCUCUUCAUUUAUGCUGCCAUGGUUUCAACUCAAGGUGAAAUAAGAGUGGGACCGUUACACCAGGUACGACUGCCAGAGGUACGACUGCCACCGUUUCGUGAUUCAGGAGAUAAUCUCUCUCUAAGUUUGGAAGCAGACGAUGAAGAAGAAGAUCUGCGUUGGACACCAUGCAUGAUAGCGGAUGAAGAUCUUUUAGUGUAUCUUAGUGCUGCUCGUUCCAUGGCAGCAUUUGCCGGGAUGUGCGACGGAGGCUCUCCUGAAGACGGCUGCAUGGCAGCAAGUAGGGAUGAUACCACCAUUAAUGCUCUGGAUGUGCUCCAUCAGUCUGGUUAUGACACAAGUAUAGCUCUUCAAGCAUUAGUGAAAUGUCCGGUGCCAAAAGGAGUGUACAAGAAGUGGUCUGAAGAAGAAACUAAACGUUUUGUGAAAGGUUUACGGCAAUUCGGAAAGAAUUUUUUUAGGAUUCGUAAAGACUUGUUACCUCAUAAGGACACAUCGGAGCUAGUGGAAUUUUACUAUUUAUGGAAAAAAACUCCUGGUGCCAACAAUAACAGACCCCAUCGCAGACGUCGUCAAGGAUCUCUUAGAAGAAUUCGCAAUACUCGCACCGGUCGUGGUGUUCAACCUAAAGAAACAGAUGUUAGUGUUCCAGUAGUUGUUGGAGCAACGAGACCUUCACCAAAUCCAAAAGAACAUGGUGAAGGAAGCUCUGGAACUGAAGAAGAAAAUUCAGAGGAUGACUCAGAUUCGAAAGAUCAGAAUGCAUAUCGAUGUCAGCAUUGCUUAGCUACAAGCCCUCGGGAGUGGCAACAAGUAGGAAAGAGCCGGUCCAUCUUGUGUAUUGACUGUCGUUCAUACUUAAAUAAAUACGGUGAUCUUCGCCCUCUUGGAAAUGGGAAUGGAAAUGGAAACGCUGGUAACAUUACAAAAGGAGAUGCUCCGUACUUAUUUCGUCCUGUCCAAGUUGAAACUGCAGAAGAGACGUCAAAUCGAAUGCGUACUAGGACUCGGACAAAAGAGCAGGUGAUGGAGACUGCUAAAGGACAUUCAAAACGUGCAAAUGGAAUUGACACUUCUGAAAAUGAAACGGACAAAAAGGUUUGCUGCAAAUCAGUAACGUGCAAUAAUACUGCUCCUACAAGUGAUAAAGUUAGAAAGAAGAAUCCACCUGAAACUGUAGCACCUGUUAGUGGCUCUGUUGUGGAUGAAACCGAAGAUACGGAGCCAGACAGUGGACUUAUGGACCAAAUGAGCUCUACCGUUAAUCAUGUAACAUCAAAUACUUCCACGAAUAAUGGUAGUGGUUCAGUGGACUCGGUUAUCCCACCUACUACAUCUACCGCCUCAUUCACCUCAUCAGAUGCAAUCUCUUCUACUAUGCAUACAGUUUUAGAAUCUGCGAGUCUUUCAACCAAUACUUCUGCUACUUAUGAAAAAAUGGAGGAUACAACUGCAAGUAAUACUGCCAGUACCGCAAUAACAUGCCAUUCUCAAACACCAAUUAUCAUUGUCAAUAAUCAGGGGGGAUCUGAUUUCAAGCCAGUUACUAGUGAAAAUUCUGUAAAUCCAGCUUUUAAAGUCGGUGGACAAAAUAGUGUCCUAGUUACUAAGCCAGUUAUUAGUCUCAAGGUUCCAAUGCCAUUGGUUUCAGCAAGUAUAGAUGAUCUUUCAAGUAAAAAGAAAGUGAAAAAUGAUUCUUUAGUUCCUCCUGACAAGAAACAUAAUUUAGAAAAUGAUGAUACAAAGGUUUUUAAUGUUCAGCAAUCAGAAAUGCAAAAUGAACAUUUACGAACUAAUGAACAUAAGUCUGUUUUGAAGUAUAAUGAUGAUUGUGUUAGAGUUGUGAUUAAAAGAGAAUGUGGUCGUGAAACACAAUCAGAAAGAAAUGAUGGAGAAAAUGGUGGAAUGUCCAAAGCUGCCAAAAAUUCUAAUGACUCCAGCUCAGUGAUAUCAUUAGCCAAAACUGUGAUUAAAGAUGGAAUUGAAGAUAUUAGUAAUGAUGGGUUAACAUCUUCUUUGCCUUGCUCAUCAGCCAAUUUGAUUAUGAAAGAUGAAUCUGUUACUCAGUCGCAUCCUAUUGUUCCAUUGGUAGGCAGCAUGGGCUCUAUUUUAGGAUCUGUUAAUAUGCAUUCUCAGGAUGGGAAUGGAUUUUCCGUUAACACACAUAUUAAGCUUGAGCCAGGUACAUCAAGGGAGCAGCCAAGUCCAGUUUCCCAAGAAGUACCUGCUUCACUGUCAUCUGAAAUGUCUUUGACAGCGACAAAUUUAAUACAAAUGCCUCCACUUUUAACUUCAGGUACAGCUUCAAACAUUACAAGUGUCACUUAUCGGCAUUCAGGGGAAAGGACACCACCUUCCAUCAGUCAUAUUUCUUCCAGUCACGGGCACAUGCAAGGUAGUGGGUGCCCAACUAUUGUUUGCCAAACUUCUGACAUGAGACAGGUUAUGGAUGUUUGCCCAUCAGAAGUGCGAUCUCAAGCAGAAGCUCGGUUGAUGUCAGAAAUGAGACAUACAUCAUUGGAUACAAGGAAAGGAAGCGAUAUGAGCCAGCAAAAUAUGGAAAUGUGCCGUCCGUCAGGUUUGCGACAGCCUUCUGAUAUAAGAUCCAUGUUGUCCGAGAAUGUUCAGCAGUCAAAUGAUGUUCAUCCUCAUGCUCUAGAACUGAGAUCAGAUGUAGUUCACAAUUCAGAUUCAUUGCGAAUGUCACCUGUAGGUAUUAAUCUUGAAAAAUCAGCAUCAAAGCUUCAUGCAAGUUUGAAUAAUGAAGGUGAUAGAGAUCAGAAGCCUAUUCUGCAACAGCCUUUACAGUUGACACCAAGCACUGUUCCAAGUUCUCAUGCUGUAAUGGUGCAACCCCCACAGCUACAUUCAUUCUCAAGUGCACAAACAGGUGUAUCAAGUCACCAGAGUUAUGGAUAUCUUAAUGGUCCUUACCAACAUCGCUUAUCACAUUCUUUAAGUUUGGAAAAAAAUAUUAACAAAAUCCACCUUGGAACUAAUAAUGCUACCCAUGGUGGUAGUAUCCACCUACAAAAUGAGCCACAAAACUUGAAAAUUAAACAAGAAAUUAUUCCACUUUCAGAACAGGUAAAUGUGCCUUCAGAUCCAUUGCAAUCUCUAAAGGAAGUAAAGAUUCCAGGAUGUUCUGGUUCAAGUUCAUUAGCUUCACAACCAUUACCUAGCUCAAAUAACUUAUUAAAUAUUCAUUCUAAUUUGGAUAUGACAAGACCAUCAUCUCAAAAUAUGUCCUCAUCAAAUUUUCUGGGACCUACUAUUGAAAAUAUUAAAAAGGAACCAGACAACUAUUCAAUGUCUUCUUCAAGUGUACUGCCAUCAAAAUCACCUGUGCUUCAGAUGUCAAAGACUCACAGUAAUUUAUCAAGUUCGGAUGCUCUUAACAUUUCUGUUGGUUCCUGUACGCCUCCAUUACCCCAGCAUUUGGCAAGCACCCCACCGGUGGUUCCAAUAUCCUCUCAACAUCAUAUAGUUUCUCAGAGUGCUGGUAGUGGUGUGUCAGCUUCACCAACAUCACGCUUGACACCGUCGUCACUCCAGACUUGCCCGUCAUCUGUGCCACAACCAGUAAUGCAUCCAUCUCAGCAAGUAUCACCUUUAAAUCGUCAGUCACCAGGACAUCCUCAUCCAACACCACAUCCACAUCCAACACCUCAUCCUCACUCUUCACCAUUUAUUGGGCCGCCAGGCCAUCCAAGCUUGCACCAUCAUCCUCACCAUUCAAUAAUUCAUCAUCCAUUAUUUGCUGCGGCAGCAGUUCAUGCCGCUGCUGCGACUGUGCAUCAUCCAUAUCACCAUCACCCAUAUGCUGCCUACGGAUAUCCUUUUGCAUAUCCAUAUGGACCACCUAUGCCACAGCCGCAUCCAGUACCUCCUCCUCAUCAUUCCACCCCUCCAGCAACUUCUCUUACAGCUCCACCAACGUCUGCAAGUCACAGUCACCGUUCAUCGCAUGAUCAAACCAAGUUGGAAACUAGAACUUCAAGUCAAACUUCAUCCGCGGUAGAAAGCUCCACAACAUCUCUCCAUGCUUCUCAUCACACAACUCAUUCUUCAGUGAUGACAAGGCGUGAAAUUUCUGCAAGUUCGGAGGAGUCCAGCUGCAGUAGUUCGGAGCGACAUCACACCCAAGAACUGACUACUCACCACCACCACCAUUCGUCACAUCAUUCCUCUGUUCACCACCAAGUUUCUUCUGAUAAACAAUCUACGCACCCUGCCGUCACUCAUUCUGUAACCAUUUCCCAUUCUUCCACUUCGUCGAGUUCCUCUUCCAUGCAGCACAAGAUUGUGAGCACGAAACUUGCUAAUGCUCCCAAUGUUUCAAGUCCUUCGUGCCACGUAUCUGCUACAAUGUCAGCAACUUCAUCUGCAUCGACUUCCAUUUCCUUCCCACCGAUAAACCAUGGGAAUAAUCAUCAUUCCCAGCACCAUGCUCACACCCAUAGCCAUCAUCAUCAGCAUCAUAUUAUGAAUUCCCGGGAGAGUCUUUCUCCAUCGAACCAAGUGCUGGUUCAAGCUGGGUUGAGCAUGCCCAUGAUGCUGGGCCACAACAGUCCAGGCUCCACUAGGCCUCACGGAGGAAUGCCUGGUCAUCCCGGCCACCACCACAGUGUCGCACACAACCAGAAAGCCACCACCAGUUCUUCAGCAGUCAAUCCACCGAUGCACCACCAUCCUUCCUCACAUACUAGUCUCAUGGUACAGCCGGGCAUGCCAGCAGCUCUCGGCCACCAUUCCUUGGGUGUGGGAGUCUCAGCCGCUACAGGACCUCACCUGGAUGCACUCAGAGCGCAUGCACAAGCACAUUCUAUGAACGCACAGCAGCAACAGCAGCAGCAUCACCAGCAGCAGUCGCAUUCUCAGGGAGGGGUUCAUUCGAACGUAAUCCACCCGACCGGACAUUCCCCAGUGCAGAUGCAGUCAUCUGGUCUACCUCUACAUUCUGGUUCACAUCAUACAAAUCGUCAUUUAUCUCAAGGUCUUGUGGAUGACAUGAAACCUGAGGCUGCGGACAUGGUUGACCAUCAGAUGAUUGUACCUCAACAAGAAGAAGAAGAAAUACCUAGUCCAAGCCACGUGCCUCGAGGUCCUAGCCCUGAACCAAAGAUAGAGGAUUCGGAAUGCCAUCGGAGUCAAAGUGCUAUAUUUUUGCGCCACUGGAACCGUGGGGAAUAUAAUUCGUGCACUCGUACAGACCUCACAUUCAAACCUGUUCCGGACUCAAAAUUGGCUCGUAAGCGUGAAGAAAGGCUUCGCAAGCAAGCAGAGAAGGAACGUGAGGAAAGAGAAAAAGCAGCAUCUCAUGCACAAGCGCGUAAGAUAUCAACGCCUGAGAAACCUGAAGGUUCAAAGCCACCGUCUCGAGGUCCAAUAGAAACCAUCACAUCGCCAUAUGACAGAUUUCCUUCUCGUCAAGGCUAUUCAGAUACUCCUGCGUUACGUCAGCUCAGUGAAUAUGCCAGACCACAUGGUGGGUUUUCUCCUGGAACUUUACCCAGUAGGUCUGGAACGUUGGGUCUGCCACCUCAAUGUAUCGACCCUAUGUUACACUAUCAGCUCAAUAGUAUGUAUGGAUCUGGUGCACGUGAAAGGCUUGAACUGGAGCAUUUGGAGCGAGAGAAACGAGAACGAGAACUGAGGGAGCGAGAACUCAGUGACCGUCUCAAAGAUGAGCUAAUGAAAAAUGCUGGUGCUGCGGCCCGUGUAGCAAACCCCUUGGACCAACAUUGGCUCGAGUUGCACAGAAGGUACGCAGGUUUGGGGGCAGGAGGGCCCCCUCAAGGCGCAGCCUCAACCGCAGCGUUGCAUCAGUUUGGCAUUUACCCUCCUGGUUCUGGGCCAGGGCAGGCAACCCUCAACCAGCUAGAGCGAGAAAGACUUGAAAGACUAGGUAUUCCGACGGGUCCCUCCGGUCACGGACCUCCUCCUGUGGGAGCGUCGGGACCUCACACCCAUCCACAUCCAAACUCAGUUGCAGCGGCACAGUUGGAAGCGGCUGAACGCCUAGCCCUGGCCACUGACCCAAUGGUGCGGUUGCAAAUGGCCGGCAUUUCCCCCGAAUAUCACGCACACACCCAUGCUCACACCCAUGCCCACUCGCACACACACCUCCAUUUACACCCAAGUCAACAGGCUCAAGCAGCACAGGCCCAACAGGAAGCUGGCGGCGCUUCGACGGGAUUCCCUCUGCCAGCGUCUGCUGGCUCUACAUAUCCUCGACCUACUCUCCUCCCACCGAGAGAAACUGCAAUGAGUCUUCAUCACCCGUCAGAUAUCCUUGGGCGAGGACCGGGUUAUGCAGACCAGCUUGCUCACCAGUUUUCAGCACAAGCGGCCCAUGAGCAACUGCAACGACAGAUACUGCUGGAGCGUGAAAGGUUUCCUCAUCCUCACCCGACCUUGGUUGCACAACAUGAAGAGUAUAUAAGGCAACAGCGUGAAAGGGAGAUGAAAGUAAGAGCAUUAGAGGAGGCUGCAAGAAGUUCAAGGUCAUAAGCAUAAGAAAUGACUGUAGCUCCUUCCUAUCUUUGGUUGUAAAUAGCCUGGUACAGCAUUUGUUAGCUGCAGUCUUUUCAGAAGUUGACGUAUGUUCAUUUGAAAGUUUUCCUGCUGGUGCUCAAGAUGUUCAUUGACAUCAGAUGUUGAAAAUUUCAAGACACUGCAAUAAAUGCUAUCAUGUGUAUAUUGUUGUUUAUGGUGCAAAAGAAUAUAAUUCUUUUGACAGUAGACAUUAAUUAUUCAUUGUAAACUGGCAUUUUUCAUUUCCAUAUGUGAAAGCUACCAGUUUUAUGUAUGUCAGCUGAUUCUCAAAUGAAUAGUUGUAAUUACCAUUGUAAAUUUGUAGCUAUUUUUAACUUAUUUUUAUUAAAUAACAUGUGUUGUGGAGAAAAUAAUUUAUGGAACACUGCACAGUGAUGUAUUUUCUGUUUUAUCAUGUGAAAUAUACCAAACAUUUUAUAUUUUAAUCCAAAAUUAGUCCUUACGAUGGAUAUCUAGAAACAUUUUGGUUAUGAAGACACAUUAUAUACUGACUCAUGAAUUGUAAUAACUAACCAGGUAGGUAAUGUUCAAACAUAGCAAACUUACGGGUAAGAGCUAUAUGUAUUUGAAUUACUCAGUGGACGUUUAGUAUUGAAAUUAAUACCAUGUGUCUUCGGUUUUUCAUGCAAACAUUUUUUUACCAAAAGGCAUAUGUAGUGCAUGUGUGAGUGUGUGUGUAAUUGUGUGCAAUUGUGUGCAUCAAGAAUUUUAAUUUGUAAUAUUGUGUUAUUUACUUAAUGGAUUAGAUGUUAUGUUAUAGAAUAAUAAAUAUUUCUCCAUGCA